AUGCUGAGGAAGGCCAUCGCCGCGUCAGGCGGGUUGGGAAUUAUCGGUGCGGGGGGGGUGUACCUGCUGAAGGAGAAUUUUCACAAGAAUAUGAUUGACGGUGAUGUGGCGUAUAAGUACAGCCCGGUGAAGAGUCGCAAUGAAAUGAUUAGCCGUUUGAAAAAGAACCAAUAUGACGUACUAAUAAUAGGGGGAGGUGCCACUGGGGCAGGACUAGCCCUAGAUUGCGCCACAAGGGGAAUCAAAUGUGCCCUAAUAGAUAAAGGUGACUUUUCCAGUGGCACGUCCUCAAAGUCAACGAAGCUUCUACAUGGAGGUAUACGUUACCUAGAAAAUGCAGUAAAAAAUUUUGACCUCACGGAGUUAUAUUUCGUAUGGGAGGCAUUAGGAGAAAGAGCUCAUGCGAUGAAGAUUGCUCCAUUCAUGUCUAGGUCAGUACCAAUUAUUAUGCCAAUUUAUAAAUAUUGGCAAGUGCCUUACUUUGCAUACAAUAUAAAGGUGUACGAUCUGUUGGCCGAUUUGGUGUGUUACUUCGAUAAGGGGGUUCCUAACUCAAGUUAUAUACGACACUCCAACACGGUCGAUAGUUACCCCCUCCUGAAGAAGGAACAACUGAAAGGAUCACUAGUGUAUUACGAUGGGCAGCAUAAUGAUAGCCGCAUGAAUCUGAACCUUAUUCUCACCAGUACGAUGGAAAAUUAUGUGCCCGGGCAAGUGGGAUCCACUGUCUGCAACUAUAUGGAAGUGGUGGGUUUCAUAAAGGAUGACGAUGGGAAGAAGAUAACUGGCGUGAGAGCAGUGGACAGAAUUAGCAACGAAGAAAUAGAAAUAUUUGCCAACGUUAUUGUGAACGCUACAGGACCUCAUGGAGAUGUGGUCAGAAAGCUCGCAGAUGAAACAGCCACUCCAGUUAUACAGACGUCAUCAGGUUGUCACUUCAUCCUCCCGAAGUGGUACUCCUCGAAAAAUAAUGGAAUGAUCAUACCGAAGACUAGCGAUGGAAGAGUCCUCUUCCUGUUACCAUGGGAAAAUGCCACCAUCGUUGGGACGACGGAUGAACAGAGACAACUUGAGGAGAACCCACAGAUUCCGAAAAAAGACACCGACUUUUUGGCUAGCGAAUUGUCUAAAUAUAUUAACGUAGAUGCGGAAGAAAUUAAGAAUGACAUCAAAGCGGCUUGGUGUGGGUUCAGACCCUUAGUUAUGGAUACCAAGGGGAGGAAAAAAAAAAGCGCCAAUAAGGACACCCUAAAAGGUCAAUCUGCAACGAACAAUGAAACUGUAACCACGCACAAGAUAUCGAGAAGCCAUGAAAUUAUAGAAGACGAUAAUGGGCUUAUUAGCAUUUUAGGAGGGAAGUGGACCAUAUAUAGGAAGAUGGCCCAGGAUACCCUCGACUACAUAGCGAACAAGCACUCUGAUAAGGUUAAAACAAAGUACAACUGUAGGACCAAAUUUCUGAUGCUUCUUGGUAGUCACGACGAGCAAGGAAAACACAACUUAGACGACCUAACCUAUGGUAGUAGUAAAUUGAGUAAAAAGCUAGUCCAAAAAUACAGCCAAAUAGAUUAUGACGUUGCUAAUCAUCUGGUGUCCGAUUAUGGAUACCUAGCAGAGAAGGUCUGUGAACUAGCCACCGAAUUGAAUUUGUUUAACAAAAUAGAUGCGUCCAAACCGUACAUCGAAGCGGAAGUGGUCUAUGCCAGUAGGUAUGAAUUCGCCUCCACCAUUUCGGACAUUAUUGGCAGACGGUUCCGACUGGGGUUUGUGGAUUCCGCGGUGUCUGGUAAGGUCAUCUCCAAAAUUGGCGAACUUAUGAAGGACGAGUUGAAAUGGAACCGCGAACAAAUGAACAAAAACAUCCAGGACGCCCAGCUCUACGUCCGAUCGCUCUCCCUGGAGUGA